AUGUCCCGUUUCGUGCGGCGCCUUGCCGGCGCCCCGUGGCGCGCCAUCGUCGAGAGUGCCAUCUCCCGAGGCGUCGUUGUUGGAUGCGGCGUCAUCGUCAUCGACGAGCGCGUCGUCAGCCUCACAUACCCACGGGGCCCCAGCAUGCUGCCGACGCUCAACAUAAUGGGGGAUCUGGUGCUCGCCGACAAGUUGAGCGCGCGGUACGGUUGGGUGUCGCCCGGGGACCUCGUGCAAUUCGUCUCGCCGGAGGACCCGCGCAAGACGGUCAUCAAGCGCGUGCUCGGGAUGGAGGGCGACUCCGUCACCUACCUCGUCGACCCCGCGAACAGCGAUGUCUCCAAGACCGUCGUGGUACCAAAAGGUCACAUUUGGGUGCAGGGUGACAAUAUUCAUAAUUCUACAGACUCAAGGCAGUUUGGACCUCUGCCUUAUGGUCUCGUAAAUGGGAAGAUCUGCUGUCGGAUUUUGCCACUGAAAGGGUUUGGUUUGAUUGAUUCAAAACAAUAGCACAGAGAGAUUAAGCGACCAUAUAUGGGAAUUCAUAGGACGCAAUGAGGCCUUGCAUUUUUGGGUGCAUCUUGAUGCUACUAUUCAAUACUUCAAUUUUGAACCUGGCAUAGUUCAUUUUUUUGUCUCUCGUGUUGUAACUCUUGUAAAGUAAAUCCAAUCUGAUGGAACUACCAGGUUUGACAUAGUUUGUUCAGCCAUCAUCUUAACAUUUACAUCGAACUAAGCUUGUUGGUUUGCUGGAGCUAAGCUUGUU